AUGAAAUAUUUAAUUAUUUAUUUUAUUUUAUUAACAAUUUUAAUUGAUUUUUUAUAUUCAUUAAAUUGUUUUGUAUAUGAUUCAAAAGAAGAUGAACAUUGUCCAGAAACAUGGACACGUAAAGAUAUACUUCCUGUUGAAUGUGGAGGACUUGAUGGUGUACAAAAUGCUCGAUUUUGUAUAAAGACUAUUGCUGUUUUUGAAGGUGCUGUGGCAACAAAAUGUUUUUGUACACCAUGUCAUAUGGAUAAUCAAUGUAUUGAAGUAAAAUAUCCUCAGGAUGAAAAAAUGUAUUAUUCAUGUACAUAUACAGGUUGUAAUCGAACAUCUUAUUUAUAUUUAUCAAGAAUAAUUUUUCUUUCAAUGCAGAUUUUAUUUUAA